AUUGUUAUUCCUUUGAUAAAUUAGAUGGGCUUUCAUCCUUAAUAGAAGGCUCACAGAUUGAGUCUUCUUGUCUAUAUUACGCAUUCUGAAUUUUUUUCCAAUUUUUUUUUCUUCCCUGUAAGAAAUCAUUAAAAAAAUGGCGAAUGACGAAUCAUUAAAGGAUGAAAAAACCGCAGAGGAGAAGGCCUUAGAUGACUGGCUUCCGGUCACUUCUGCCAGAAAUGCCAAAUGGUAUUAUUCUGCAUUUCACAAUGUCACAGCCAUGGUCGGAGCUGGUGUUCUUAGCCUUCCUUAUGCAUUGUCUGAACUCGGUUGGGGACCUGGAAUUGUGAUACUAACUCUUUCAUGGAUAAUAACAUUGUACACUUUAUGGCAAAUGGUGGAGAUGCACGAAAUCAUUCCUGGCAAAAGAUUGGACAGGUAUCAUGAGCUAGGCCAAGCGGCUUUUGGUGAGAAGCUUGGCCUUUGGAUUGUUGUACCCCAACAGCUUAUAGUGGAAAUUGGUACUUGUAUCGUUUACAUGGUCACUGGAGGCAAAUCUUUGCAGAAAUUCCAAGAAUCAGUUUGCCCGACCUGCAAACCUAUCAAGACUUCUUACUUCAUACUAAUAUUCGGCUCUGUUCACUUUGUCCUCUGUCUUCUUCCCAACUUUAACUCCAUCUCAGGAGUUUCCCUAGCUGCUGCUGUCAUGUCUUUGAGUUAUUCAUCGAUUGCUUGGAUAGCCUCGCUUAUGAAAGGGAUUCAUCAGGAAGUUGAUUACAGCUACAGGGAUAAAACCACAGGUGGAAAUGUUUUGAACUUUUUCAGUGCCUUGGGUGAUGUAGCUUUUGCUUAUGCCGGUCACAAUGUUGUGCUGGAAAUCCAAGCCACAAUUCCUUCGACUCCACAACAACCUUCUAAGAAGCCAAUGUGGAAAGGUGUCGUCGUUGCAUAUAUAAUUGUUGCCCUUUGCUACUUCCCUGUUGCCAUUGUCGGGUACUACAUUUUUGGCAAUUCGGUAGAUGACAAUAUCCUGAUCACACUAGAGAAACCAAAUUGGCUCAUUGCAAUCGCCAAUUUAUUCGUGGUUAUCCAUGUAAUUGGAGGCUACCAGAUAUUCUCUAUGCCUGUUUUUGACAUGGUAGAGACUUUCUUGGUGAAGCAUUUAAAAAUAAGUCCUUCUACACAACUUCGCAUGGUUGUCAGAUUUACAUAUGUUGGCCUCACAUUGUUUGUAGCUAUUGCAUUCCCAUUCUUUGGUGGCUUACUUGGAUUCUUUGGCGGAUUUGCUUUGGCACCUACAACAUACUAUCUUCCUUGCAUCAUCUGGCUUAUCCUGGUGAAACCCCGUAGGUUCAGCAGGUCCUGGUGGAUAAAUUGGAUUUGCAUAGUACUGGGUGUUCUGCUGAUGAUUUUAGCUCCUAUCGGUGGACUUAAGACGAUCAUCGCUUCAUCCAAAAACUACAAGUUCUUCGCCUAAAUGUUAAUGUGUACAUUUUGAGUAGAAGAUCAUUAAAUUCUCGGGCUUGCGAGGCCAGAAAAAGGAGUACCAGAUGAUGAGAAGAAAGAUGAUAAAUACACAUUGGCUCCUAUUUUAUGUUGCUUCCAAUUUGACUAUCAAGUUGAUCAAUAUCAGAAAUUUGUAAUAUAACAGAAGCAAAUUGGACUUUGAAAAAAGAGAAGGAAAAACAGUUUAAUCGAAGUUCAACAAUGCUAUUUCUGCGAAUUUAUGGCAUGUUCGUAUAGUUUCUUCUUACUCAAAUUAUCUGC